GGUUCCUGAGGUUCAAACUCUGAGCUCCCAGCAGUCAUUUUGGAUUUCAGUAGUCACUAAUAAACCAAGCAGUCUGCAGAAUGGUCAUAUAUUUUACAUGCGGGCUCCUGCUUGCAUACUUGGCCUUGCCUGGAACCUCACUCGGGGAUUUGGUUUUCCGAUGUCCAAGUUGCACCGCAGAGCGCCUGGCCGCGUGCCCCAAAGUCACAGCCGUCUGUGCGGAGAUAGUGAGGGAGCCCGGCUGCGGCUGCUGUCCCAUGUGUGCCAGGCUGGAGAGAGAGAACUGCGGGGUCUACACGCCCAGGUGCUCCACCGGCCUGAGGUGCUACCCAACCCUGGGGCCUGAACUACCACUGCAGCAGCUCAUACAGGGUUUAGGUCAAUGCCAGCAAGUGGGGGAAUUAGACAGCCUCGACCACCAAGCAACAAACGAGGUGCACGGGACUGAAAAUCCACUCACCAAGAGACCUCCUCCGGACGCUUGGCUGUGGCAAGAAUCCGCCAGGAAGCAACACUCGAAUGAGCGCAAAACCAAGAUGAGGGUAAAUCAAGUGGAGGACACGCGGACCCAGACAGCGCCGCAGGGUGCCUGUCAGGAAGAGCUGGACAACGUCUUACUGGAGAUUUCCAGAAUGACCUCCGAGGAUAACAGAGGCUCACUGGAGAACUUGUAUCUGAUCAGAUUUCCAAACUGUGACAUACAUGGACUGUACAACCCCAAACAGUGCAACAUUUCCACCCACGGCCAGCGGGGCGAGUGCUGGUGCGUCAAUCCCUACACCGGUGUCCAGAUCCCGGCAACGCCCAGAAUCAGAGGGGACCCCAACUGUUACCAGUAUCAAGAGGACUUCGUAGAAUUGCCCACUGAAGCCACCUACCGCUAGUUGAGCCCAUACAUCAGACAAUCACGUUUUUGUGACAGAAACACGUCAAUCCGUCUCUCAUUGGCUUCCCCCACUUUGUCCGUGGGACUUAAACCCAUUUAUACCAGCUAAAUAUUUUACAUUUUUAAGACAAAGCAACAAAUCUCUUAAAAAAAAAAAAGGUCCUGCCUCUAUAUAUGUGUUUUUUUUUUGCAAAAGUCACACUUGUGUGUGCUUUAAAGCUGCUUGAACAGGACAGCAAAAACGAGCUAUAAACAAUAUUUACAUUACGAUCAUUUCAUGCAUUUUCUGUCACUUUGUCAACUGUAUUUGGAAAUAACUUUUGUCCAAUGUUAAAUUUUGUUUUAAUUUUUAUUCCAGUCUAAGAAAGAUGACUCAUUCUUUGCUAAAAAGUCUGUCUGGUAUUUAGUGAACAGUGGGAGAUCACAGCUAUGGGGCUGAAAACAGCUGCCCACUGCAGUCGGACGCCAAGUGGACGAGAGCGGGAAGACUUGAAGUGAAGCUGUAGACCAGAAAAAGAUCUAAUGAAAAAUGAACAAUGAGCUAAACAAAGGCUUUUUCACUAUAAGCAACUAUUAACACAGUCACUUGAGUUGAGGUCAUAGUUAUAGCAGUUGCUGUACUAAUGGUGGAGCCGGGGUUGCUACUGAUCACAGUGGGAGCUGUGAUCAGAAUCAGCCAGCCAUAUUUACACACUUGAAAACAUACAGUUUAUUGCUUGUCAGGUGCACCGGGCAUGUGCAUGCCAGUGUAAACAGGAAGCCGAUUCUCUCCUCUGUAGUAAACUCUCUGCAUAGUUUUAGAAAUGACUACAAACGACAAAGCGCGACAAGAGCAAGAACGACAAGAGCAAGAAAUUCCCUUUCCGUUAACAGAUUAUGAUCAAUUUGCAUCCAGAUAAAGCAGCAUUGUCAAACUUGAAAUAUGACGAAAAGCAGGCACAUCCGGAGCAGAAUGAAUGCAUUCUAAAAAUUCUUACAAAUGAAAAAAGGGUGGUAUGCCUCUUUCGCCUCGAGCUAAGCUGAGAGUGUUGCAGGCGCUCCUUAUUCUCCUUCGACAUGUCAAAUAAAAUAAAUGUUAUUUACAACUUACUGUAGUCGCUGAUGUAGACUCUAUUCAUGGUGCUUUUGCAAGGUUUCAUCACACUUUUAUUUUUAUUUUUUUACUGAUCAUGUCAUGUAAUAGUGCUUAUGAGAGUGCCCUGAUUCCCUCACACAUGCAGAUUGGAGACUCUGAGGUGUGAAUGUCGUCACUGUGGUGGUGACCUCCUGCCUCUCGCCCAACAGUUCAGCUCAGUAAUAUUCAGAAUGUAACGUAUGAAGUGUUUUCUUUGCUGCGAGAGUGUCUGCAGUAGCUUGUUCCUUUGCUUUCGUAGCACUUUCUUCUUUAUGACACUUUACAAUAAAAGCAUCCGACAUGUCAAUUCAACUCGUGAACGCACCCGCUAUGGGUUUGAUCGGCUGCCGAGAGUUGGUCUUCUUGCUCUUAUCAACACUUGUCAAUUCCAAGUAAGUGUCAGUGAAGACAAAUUACACCUACGCUAAUAAAAGUGAAAGUGCUGGGUGGCUUCACUGCUCCUACUAUCACUGCUUUGUGUGCAGAAAUGCAUGUUGCUGGGGUUACUAAUGAAGUGUUGACAUGGGGAGGGAUUACGAUUGA